UUCUUGUGUGGUUGUAUUUCUCUGUUUCAAAUGUCAAAGUUAACUCGGCCAGAAGAAGAUUUGUCAUAUGUCGGUUCUUCAAACAGUCUUUAAUUUAGACAAACACAAAGGGCGUGGAGUGAUUUUAUGAGUGAUCAAUAAUGAGGGAGGAUCCAAAAAAUAAUUACCCAAAGGCUUCAAAACAUCUAGUUAAUGGAGCUCUUCUUACAUACAUUGGAGGGAUGUUUCUUAUGAUUGCUUUUUGUAGUCCAUACUGGGUGAAAUCAUUUGAUGACACAUUCUCUGAAUUCAAGCAUAUGGGUUUAUGGGAAUACUGCUUUGAUGGUUUUCGCUAUCCUUACUACCAAUUUGAUCAUCUGUUUGAUGGUUGUCAUCAUGUAUUCAGUCAAGAAUUUUAUGUUAUCAGGGAGUGGUUAUUGCCUGUAUGGUUGAUGACGGUUCAAGCGUUUGUCACCAUAGCAUUUUUACUGAGCUUUGGUGCUCAAGUUGUUAUGGCGUUUCAGUUAGUAAGAUGGCCUCUGCAUUUUAUUUUACAAAGAGAGUACAUAUUAUCAGCGAUUAAUUUUGUGGCUGUAUCAGUUGUGACUGUAUUUAUGUUUUUGGCAAUUGCUAUAUUUGGAGCAUCACAUGUCAGAAGAGAUUGGCUAAUGUAUCCAAAUUUCAAUUACCUAUGUUGGUCAUAUGGCAUGGCAUGUUUGUCUUUCUUUUUUCAUGGUUUUGCUGCUUACUUCAUGUACAAAGAAGCAUAUUUCAGUUAUGAAAGAAGAAGAGAAUCUAAAAAUUUGAUCAUGCAGAUGCAGCCAAAUCCUCAGCAUCGGUUGGGAUGGAAUGUUUCAUAAAGAAUUUACUAAAGUCAAAAGUUAUAAUUUAGUAGGUAUAUCUAAAUGAAUGGAAAAUUUCUUUAGUUUCAUCAACAGACUUUUUUCUGAUAAAGUAUCUACCUUUUAACACUUACUGGCCAUUAUUUUAGUUUUAUGCUACAUUAUUUUAUGAAAUACUAUCAAUAGUAUGUUUUAUUUUUGUUAUUCUUAAGUAACAUCUCUAACAAGAAAAAAAGAUGAUAUUUACUUGUACUACAAAUUCUCGGGCUAAAAAUAACUUACAUCAGAGUACAAAUGUGUUACACUUUUCUACAAUUGCUAAUCACAAAUUGAUUUUUUAAGAGUGGUUGGAUACAUUAUGAAAUGAAAAUUGACAUUGACAGAAAACCAAAUAUUUUGGAAAUCAAAAACUUCCAAAAACAUCGAUUUGUAGCCUGAACUGUUAAAUAUUUUGAUAUUUUCUUAAAUAUCUAAAUUUAAAAUUGGAAAAAUCCUAGUAUCUCUAGGAGUGACAGUAAAAAAUGGAAACAGAUCUAACCAGUUGUUAUUUUUCCAUUUCUAGAGUAAAUAUUGUAACAAUUAUACAAAUUAAAUUGAUAGUAUUUGUUAUACUGACACAACCAAUGGUUAUUUGAAAAUAACAAUGUAAAUUAAUUGAUGAUUACUUGGUUUACUUCUUAUAAUAAUUAUUGAUGAAAUCUAAAUUGAUAUAAGUGCCUCUAUACCAUGGUAUAAUAGUUUUAGAAAACACAUAACAGGUAAACAUAAUACAUAUUUAAUUUUUCUGUUCCUGUCUAUAUUUUGCUAUUUUUUGAAUUGUUAAAUGAAAAUUUAUUUAGUUUCUGUUCUCAUUUUUAUUGUUACAUUGAAAUAAAUAUUAAUUUUUUAGCUACUUAAUGUGUUGUUAAAACUUGUUAUUUUUUUAUUAUUGAUAAAUACCUAUAACACUUGUGCCUAUGUAUUCAACAAUCGCUGAAGCAUUUCUGUUAGGAAAUAAAUAUAGUUACGGCCUUAAGAUUUCAGUGAUAUUUUUCUUGAUCACUCUAUUUUAGAUUUUUAUAUUAAAGCACAAUAUUAUCUAUAAACGCACAUAUAUGAUAUAAUUUAAGUUUUUUAUUUAUAAAGCUGAAUUAUUCUAAUUCUAAGGAAUCUCAGAACCUAAGCCUAAGAAAAUGACAUUUUUGGUACAUAUUUUUCUCACAUCCUAAAACAUUACACAGGCCUACAAUGAUUUUGGUGCCGUUAAAAGUAAAACAGAUUUCAAAUACGUUCGGUACCCUGAUAAAAAUUGAUACUUACUUUUUUAAUGCUACAUGCAGUUUUCGAGAUUUCGCAAGGGUAAAUAAAUCAAAAAACAUUUAAUAAAUUUAUAAAAAAAAACAAAUUAAAUUACUCAUUAUUUUACAGGUUAGAAGCACCUCUUUUUAGAUUUUCUCCGGUUGAUGUCUUCAGGACAUUCCCGUAUAAUACUCCAGUAACAGUAAUCUGCCAUCAUAUGCUCAUCCCAGCGACCUUGGUAUCUAUCUUCCAUCUAUCUUCUCCUUGUUCUUCGUUAUACGCUCCAAGAUUUUCAGGAAACUUGUCUAAAUGAUUGUCCAGAUAGUGUACUUUUAUUCUCAUAUUACAUCCAACAUUUUUAAAACGAAUUAAGAGCUUAUGAACUAAUUCUUUGUAAUUCUACAACACCAAAAUAACAGCUGUCAUCAAUGUGAUUUUUCGUUUCUGUCCAAAUCACGGCACACUAUACUUUAAAUGAUUACGUUUACCGUUUGCCCACUGUCUUAAAUGUUCACUACACAACUUGCACACAAUGUUUGGAACCCACGGUUUGUCCAGAGCUUUCAUCUCUAUAUUAAAAUAAUCAACGUAUGUCUUUUUCACUGCAUCUGUUAAAGGUUUUCUAAACUUUUUUACUACAUAUUUACCACAAAUAUAACAAAAUGUAUUUGGAUUAUUUACACAACACCUUCUCGACGACGGCAUAUCGAUAUUAUCAUUUAAAAAAAGAAAUUAAUUAACUACAAUGACAUUAAGUAUAAUAAAAUACAUUUUUUAGGUUAUGAUCGAUCGAUACAAACCUGAACGUAGCUUCGCGAUUUUGAAAGCUUACCACGACGUCUUGCGGACUAAUUAACCAAAUUAUAGCAGAAUUAGCGGCAUCAAACAAAAUUUUUUUUGUAGACCUGUGUUAUUAUUGUAAUGGUUAUUGUUAUAAAUUUCAUACAAUGCAAUUUUUUUGGUUUUUACUAAGUUAAUUCACGUUUUACGACAAAAGACAAUGGAGUAAGAAUAGUUUUUAAAAUUAUUGAAAAACCAAAUUAAUAUUCCAUAGUUAUAGUUUUAGAAAAACUUGUGGUUUUGAACCAUGAUUAUCGUUCACAAAUGAGUGUCUUAUAUGCAUCCGUCCAAUAUGUGUUUUAUAUUUUGUAUGAAUACUGUAGUUCAAUAAAUCUUUUGGGACACAUUUUUAUUGUUUUUUUUUC